AUGUCCGGCGAACAUGCGUCGACGAGCGAAAGCAACAACGAAAAUAAUCCCAUUGCGUAUACGGAGUUGGCAACUGCGGAUGUCAGUCCAUCUGGAAGCGUAAAUGGAAGUGCAGUCAAUAGUACUGUUAACAGUGCCGUCAACAGUGCAGUCCCAAGCAGGCCAAACAGUGCAGGAGGGAAUCCUCCAAAGAACCGAGGCAGGGUUCGAUUCAACGCCACAAACGAAGCCAAUGAUUUGGAAAACAAAAAGUCCCUCCAUCCAUUGAGGGAUAAGUCUGUCUCACCUCACAGACUGAUAAAGCAAAUAUCGAUACCAAAAUCUGCCAAACACACCCCAUCUCAUUCGAAAAACAGCAGUGUCAGUUCAUUGAUGAGAUUCACUCCUGAUAAGGAAAAGGACAAUCCAUUCACAGAUUUAGCAGUGAUCAACAAUAGUCCCAUUACACCAACAGCAGUUAGCAAACCGAGACCGAGCGUAUUAAGAAAUAAUCCAGGGGGAGGAUACAAAGCAGAAUUAUCGGAUGUGGAAGAAAGCAAUGAGAAGACUUUCUCUGCUUUGGCCGCCCAGAGUCGGGCACAGAGGAUUGCUUCAUUGGUUGGAAGCCACUCCACACCGAACUCAAGAAGGAACAGCUUAGACGAUGACGCAGACGAUCAACCAUCUCCACGACCAAGGAAUCCGGGGGGGCUUCCUGUCAGAAUUGACGAUAUUCCACUUGUUCCAAUGGAGAGCAGACCAUAUGAUGGAGCAGAUAGCGACGACGAUAUCCAGAACGAAAAGGCAAAAGAAUCAAGCUCAACCGAGGCACAUAAACUCGUCAGAUCACAUACGAGCAAAGGUCGAAAAGAUGCAUUCAAAAUGCCUGUACCACGUCCGGGCUUAGUCUCUGGCCAAGUCACACCAGAAGAUGAGCAUGCUAUUGUGGAAGACUAUGUUCCACGUCCUCAACAAUUCAGAGGUGGCGUUCUCUCUUCACUUCUAAAGCUGUACAAUCCACCUACCAAUGGUACUAUGAGCUCGCCAGUCUCAAGAAGAAAUAGUGAUGUCUCUGAAGGAACCCUUCCAGUCUCCCUUGGAUCUUCCGGAGUCACGACUCCAAAGAAGAAUGCGAAGUGGUAUCAUCAAAAGAAUCAGUCUCAAGAUACUCUCGCUGGUCUUAUGGAAGCAUCAGCAAUGUUGGCGGCCCCAGCUGGAGGAAGUGGUACCCCAAAAAAGAAGUCUGCGAGACCUGGAAUGGGAAGACGUACUCAUAGUGGCAGACUCAUUGAGACAGCAGCUAGGCAAUUGGCCGGAAAGCCUAGAUUGGAGGACGAAAUUCGAAUCACUAUUCAUAUCGCCGAAACUUUGAGCAGACAAAAAUAUCUUUUAAAACUUUGUCGAGCAUUGAUGACUUACGGAGCACCAACUCAUCGUUUGGAAGAAUACAUGAAGAUGACAGCUCGAGUACUUGAGAUUGACGCACAAGUUCUUUACAUUCCCGGUUGUAUGAUUAUCUCCUUUGAUGAUGCAUCAACACAUACCACUGAGGUAAAACUUGUUAGAUCUGUACAAGGUGUUGAUCUAGGCAAACUAAAGGAUGUUCACGAGAUUUACAAGGAGGUAGUACACGAUGUUAUUGGUGUUGAAGAAGCUACGCAAAGGUUGGAUGCAAUUAUUCGUGCCAAGCCAAAGUAUCACCCUUGGUUUUUGGUUAUGGUAUAUGGUUUUGCCAGUGCUAGCGUAGCACCAUUUGCAUUCCAAGGACGUUUUAUCGAUUUACCAAUCGCAUUUUUAUUGGGGUCACUUCUUGGUUACUUACAACUUAUCGUUGCUCCUAAAUCUGAUCUCUAUGCAAAUGUAUUCGAAAUUUCCGCCGCCGUUCUGACAUCUUUUUUGGCACGAGCCUUCGGUUCGAUUCGUGGAGGUGAUCUCUUCUGUUUCUCAGCCCUCGCUCAAUCUUCUAUCGCUCUUAUCCUUCCAGGUUACAUGGUUCUUUGCGGAUCGCUUGAGCUUCAAUCACGUUCUAUGGUCGCCGGUUCAGUCCGUAUGGUUUAUGCGAUCAUUUAUUCUCUCUUCCUUGGAUAUGGUAUUACUAUCGGCACCGCUGUCUAUGGCCUUAUGGAUUCAAAUGCUACGAGUAAGACUACAUGUGACGCACCAAUGAACCAGUACGUUCGUUGGUGUUUUGUCCCUAUCUUUACUUUAUGCCUCACAAUUAUCAAUCAAGCAAAAUUCAAACAAAUGCCUGUUAUGCUCGGUAUUUCGUUCUCAGGCUAUAUCGUCAAUUUCUUUUCAGCAAAAAGAUUCCCUUCGAGUGCACAAAUUUCGAAUACGCUCGGCGCUCUUGCCGUCGGUGUACUCGGAAACUUGUACUCAAGGGUUAGACAUGGAGUAGCCGCAGCGGCAUUGUUACCUGCUAUAUUCGUACAGGUUCCUUCUGGUCUUGCGGCGUCUGGCUCUCUCCUUGCAGGUUUGAGUACAGCAGACUCCCUGACGAAUAGUACGACUUAUGCAAACGGAACCGCGAAGGUUAAUGGAACGAGUUCGGUUCCCAUUUCAAGCAACGAAGACCUAAACACAAUUGUUUUCAAUGUCGGCUAUAGUAUGAUUCAAGUUGCUAUUGGAAUUACCGUUGGACUCUUCCUUAGUGCGUUAAUUGUUUAUCCAUUUGGAAAGAGAAGAAGUGGACUAUUUAGUUUCUAG